UUAUAGAUAAGUGCAGCAGUAUAGGCAGCUGUAUAGCAUGCAGCUUAAUCAAAUCAAUUGCAGUCAUUUCAAAAACGUGUCAAAUUCCGCACUCCUGAUCGCGUUACUGUCAUUUAAAAAAAAAAAAAAAAAACAUUACGAAUCUAUUUUAAUCACAUGUACCUAAUUUUUUAUAACUCGAGAUCCGUUCAGUGAUGAGCGUAAUAAAAGUGAUAUGUCGACCAAAACUUCUAUACCGGUUUCGUAAUAUUAUAUUUUUGGUGAUCUUAUUUAUGUCGUUUUUGCUUGUGUUUCACAUAUUUUUAAAUUUUAAAACAUACGAUAAACAAGUGCAAAAAGACGUAAACGAUGAAAAAAAUAUUGAUUCCGCAGAUACCUCCAUAUUGACCAUGGUGCCUCUGGAAUUGCUAAAAAAAUUCGACUCUUUCAAGAAAAUUUCCAACAAUUUGGAUCAUCUUUUAUGGCAGAAUCGCCAAGAAAGUUUUGCUGUUUUGCCAAAAGCCAAAGCAUCUAAAAAAAAGUCCUCAUUUUUGUUUUAGGCAUUUCAUAAAUAUUUAAUGAGCGAUAUGAAAAACACAUCAAUUCAACAACAUUUAAGUAUAAAUGAGAUCCAACGUCGGGUUGACGAACAUAAUAAACUUCAAAUAAUCCUAAAUGAAGAUAUUUUUGGACCUUUACGAAAUGAUUCUCUAGUCAUAGCUAUACAAGUACACGAUCGACUGAUAUAUUUAAGACACACUAUAAUCAGUCUUGCUCAAGUAAAAGGCAUAGAAAAUGCUUUACUAAUCUUUAGUCACGAUUAUUACGAUGAAGAGAUUAAUAGUCUUGUACAAAGCAUAAAUUUUUGCAAAGUUAUGCAAAUAUUUUAUCCGUACUCCAUUCAAACGCAUCCAAACGAAUUUCCUGGUGAUUCAAAGGAUGAUUGUCCGAGGAAUAUCGAUAUUAAAGAAGCUAUUAAAAUAAAAUGCACCAAUGCCUUGCAUCCGGAUCAAUACGGUCAUUAUAGGGAGGCAAAAUUUACCCAAAUUAAGCACCAUUGGUGGUGGAAAGCAAACCGAAUAUUUGAUGGUUUAAAAACCACAAAGGAAUACACAGGUUUGGUGGUAUUUAUCGAAGAGGAUCAUUACAUUGCACAGGAUUUUAUACACAUGUUACAUCGGAUGGAAAUUGCCAGACAAUCAGAUUGUCCCGAGUGUAAAAUUUAUGCAUUGGGUUCACAUUCGAAAAACUUUGAUUUUGCCUCUGAUUCCAAAAAGGCUGAAACUAAACAAUGGAGCAGCAGCAUGGAAAACAUGGCUAUUACAUUCAAUCGUCCUAUUUGGCAAGAGCUGAAAUCCUGUGCCAAGAAAUUCUGCACUUACGACGACUACAACUGGGACUGGAGUUUGCUAGCUGUAUCAACUACAUGUCUUGCAAAAGAAAUAACUGCCAUGGUUCUGCGUGCUCCUCGAGUCUUCCAUAUUGGCGAAUGCGGAAUUCACCAAAUUCAUCAAGAAAAUGACUGCAAAAUAACAGAUGUACUAGAAAGAAUACAGAAAUUACUAAUGACAUCGAUCGAGUACCUGUACCCUCAAGAUUUGAAUCUUGCACACAUCCCAAACGAGAGAUAUUUGGGAACCCUCAAUGGUAAUGGAGGUUGGGGGGAUGUACGAGACCAUAAUUUAUGUUUAGAAAUGGUUAAACAAUCCUGAUAGUGGCACCUUAGAAUUUAUCAGUGGAUUUUACGUAUACUAGGUAGUAGGUACCUACAUAUACCUAUAUUCGUUACCAUUAGGUACCUUUUUUAAAACUUCGUGCUGUGGCUGUCUUUUUGGUAGGUAUAAAUUCGAUCGAGGUAUUGAUGAUGUCAAUCGACGUUCCAAUUUCAAUAAUCAAAUUGUAUUGUACAGUAUUUUAUUAAUGUUUUAAUUGGUUUCAUUUUUAAUUUUAAAUUUUUAUUUAUUAAUUCAAUUUUUCAAGAUUCAAGAGGAAAAGAUGAGUUUUGAUUAGGUUUGAACAUGUCUAAUCCGAUCAAAAAACUUGAACCAGAUCAGAUUAAAUCAUUUUCCUCUGGAUUGUUUUUCAUGUGAUUGAUCUCAUAUUUUUUAGUUUGUUUUUUAAAAUGGUUUUAUUUUAAUUUGAAAGAAAAACAACGUUUAGUAAGACAACUCUUGCUUUUGCAAUUUUUUUUUUUUUUUUUGUAAAAAAGUGAAGUUGCUAAUUUUUGUCCUGGCGAUUUGGAAUAAAUACAUAUUUUGGUGUUGA